GGAAGAUGAAAAAAAGGACUUUGGGCCGAUCGGCCCAGUUACCCGGUCGUCAGGUAUUUUCAGGCGAGGACCCUCUCUGUCCCUCUUCCGUCUCGUUCUGACUGUGUGAGGGGAACGCUUUGCUCUGUUGCAGAGGUUGAACUGUCUCAGUGUUAGACGGGGCUCUGAUAAGAGAGAGGGAAGGGUCCCAUUGGAGAGAGAAAGAGAUCAGGCCAAGCGUUGACCAUUCACAGACGGACACCUCGACGGACGACCACAAGAUGUUCAAAUCCCUUGCUUCAGUAUCUAAACUCGCAGUUUCUAGAUCUGCGUUCACACAGGCAUCCAGACAGGCGAUCAAACCAAGCUCGGCUGCUGUAUUCAUAAAUAACGGACUAUUCCAGAACAAUAGACAGGUGAGAUUUUACAGUCAUGCACCGGAAUUGACCAAGGAGAUCAUUUCUGAGAGAAUCAUAGAGUUGCUUGAAUCGUACAGCAAGACUGCUGAGAAUGUGAAAAUCACCGACGAGACCUCAUUCUCCAAGGACCUUGGUUUUGACUCGUUCGACACCGUUGAAGUCAUCAUGGAGAUCGAAUACGAGUUCUCCAUCCUAAUACCUGACAAGGAGGCUGACGAGAUCAAGACUGUUGGCCAAGCCGUCGACUUCAUUUCCAAACAACAUGACGCAUGCUGAAACUCCAGCACCACCGGUUCAGAAACGUUACCUCACUUGUUGAUUUUAUGUACACAACACAUAUAAAUUUGUCUAGUAUAUAUUUAUUUAUCGUUCUAUUUAUUCUUCAAUCA